CAAUUGCGAACGGAAGAGCAAAAGGGUCGGACGAGAAAGUGCAAAAAGCGAAACACGACUGCCAACAUAGGACCGCCGAGUUUUCGCUUUGGGACAGACAGCCCCGGUUCAUUCAGUUAUCUCCCGUCGACGUUGGUGGUUGGCACGAUUCGUACUCCUCCCCCCCGCCGUGUCCAAAGUGGUGCUUCCAGUAGCUUGUAAGUGCUUCGCAAGUGUGCAACUACGUUCCAGCAAAUACCACCAACUGCAACGAUGAGCAUCUUCGCCUCGGUCGAGCUGGGCCCUCCCGUGGAGGUGUUUGCCCUUAAUAAGGCCUGCAACGACGACCCCAAUCCGAACAAGGUUAAUCUUGGCGUAGGAGCCUAUCGCACGAAUGAGGGCAAACCUUGGAUUCUGCCGGUGGUGAAGAAGGCCGAGGCCGCUAUCGUCGCCGAUGGAUCGCUCAACCACGAGUACCUGCCGGUGCUCGGUAUGGACAGUAUCACGAAUGCGGCCAGCACGCUGCUGCUGGGCGACGGUAGCGAGGCGCUCGCGAGCAAGCGGGCGUUCGGCGUGCAGUGCCUGUCCGGUACCGGGGCCCUCCGGCUGGGGGCCGAAUUUUUGGCCCGCAUACUGCACCGCACCGUCUUCUACUACUCCGACCCGACGUGGGAAAACCACCACAAGCUGUUCCUGUACGCGGGCUUCACGGAGCCGCGCACCUACCGGUACUGGCACCAGGAGACGCGGGCCAUCGACUUUGCCGGCAUGCUGGAGGAUCUGGAGCAGGCGCCCGAGGGGGCGGUCGUUAUUCUGCACGCCUGCGCCCACAACCCGACCGGCAUCGAUCCGACCGAGGACCAGUGGAAGCAGAUCGCGGACGUGUGCGAGAAGCGCAAGCUGUUCCCGUUCUUCGACUCCGCCUACCAGGGCUUUGCGAGCGGCGACCCGAACAAGGACGCGUUCGCCGUGCGCUACUUCGUGAGCCGCGGAUUUGAGCUGUUCUGUGCGCAAAGCUUUGCCAAGAAUUUUGGCCUCUACAACGAACGUAUCGGUAAUUUGACGGUCGUGCAGAAGGAGGCCAGCACCAGUGCGGCCGUCGCGUCGCAGAUUACGCUGCUCGUGCGCGGCAUGUACUCGAACCCGCCCGCCUUCGGCAGUCGCAUCGUGAGCCGCGUGCUGAACGACACGGAGCUGCGCAGCGAGUGGAUGGAGUGCAUCAAGACGAUGAGCUCGCGCAUCAUCACCAUGCGCAAGGCGCUGUACGAUGAGCUGGUGGCGCUGAAGACGCCCGGCACCUGGGAACACAUUACCAACCAGAUCGGCAUGUUCUCCUACACCGGACUGAAUGAGAAACAGGUCCAGAUACUGAUGAAGGAGUUUAGCAUCUACCUGCUGAAAACGGGACGCAUCAGCAUGUGCGGGCUCAACGAGAGCAAUGUGGCGUACGUGGCCAAGGCUAUCCAUGCCGCAGUGACCAGGGAAUAGUACACAGCCGCCCAAUGGUCGCCACGGAGCGGGAAGGGAAGUUAUCUCGGGAGGCCGCAAACGGAAGGCACCCAGCACCCGCUCACCCCCCUAUAAUCUCCCCCCAACACUGCUCUGCAACCUGCAUCAGCUAUCCAGCGAUUCACAUUUACGCACCAGAAGAAGCCUUUAAUUUUGUCACGGCAGAGUUCGAUUCAUUUGCACUGGGUUUUGCACAUUCACGCUGCGUGAGAAAUAGAGAUAAACACUAUGCCACAUACCGGUGCGACAGACAGAUAAUUAUUUUCUUUUUACGAACAACGGCCACAACGGCUUAGAAGCAACAGUGCAAAGUUUGCACGCGACACACAGUACAAUACAGUUUACAAAACACCAACCACGAAAACACGGGUCGUACGUAGCGAUUGUUUUUUAUACAUCACUUAGCAUUGUGAAUGUGUUUUCUGUAGUGCGGCGUCGGGUGGCGUGAAGAUAUUCCGAUCGGUUCAUCAAAUCGGUUUAGCAUAUUGAAGGCAGAAUUAGAAAAACGUAGUAAUGCUCUAUCUCAAACAAUGCCCUUAACAACGCAAAGCUGCGCAUUCUUUGCAGCCCCCGCAGCCACAUGUAUUAGGACAAACGGCAUUUUAAGCGUCGGCUUGGCUCGAUGAAACAAAUAAAGAACGAUAUUCCGGAAACGAAA